AUGGUGCAGGCAACGUUACAGCCGGCAACGUGCAAGAAGGCAGCAAAGCUCGGCCACGACGCGGUCUCGUCUGAGAGGCUCGUCGAGCCAGUGGUCGAGGGCAAGCCGGUGCCGUCGAGCCGAGGCGACACGACGGUGUACCGGAGGCUGCGCAACCGGUACCUGGUGGCCUACUCGCUGGCCACCUUUGGCGACUGGAUCCAGGGCGGCUACCUCUACGCGCUCUACAUAGGCCAUUUCCGCUAUUUACUACACAGCGAUACAGCUUAG